CUUAUUUUAGAAUUUCUACGUUUUUUUAAAACGAUACCUAUUUUGGAAUAUUUUAGAAUUUCUACGUUUUGUUAAAACGAUACCUAUUUUGGAAUGGAAAGAGUACAAAUUUCUGAUUGCAGUUAUAAUCUUUUCACAUUAACGAUUUUUACUUACUCAUCCCUGCUUCCAAUCUAAUACCAAUAGUUCAUCUUUUCCAAUCAAUUUUCUGUAUAAAUCAAAGUACAUUGUUCUGUAGACAUUCUUGUGGUGGUGGUAGGGAAAGCUACUGGACCACCAGCAAGGCAGCAACAAGAGAAAUGGAAAACUACUGGUAUGAAUACAGUACAAGACUACAAGCAAGAAAAUAUCAGUUCCUUUUCAACGAGGGACACAAACUCAAUGAUCAGAAUCUUUUUCAAAGCAAAAAGAGCCUUUCCCUUUCUAUAUUGCCUACGUUGGCACAAAAAUCUUACAUUUAAUCUCUCUUUCCUCAUCAUCAUCUUCAUCAUCCAAACUCUCCCUUCUCACUUGCCUAUGAUUCUGUAUAGGAAAUCCAAACCCACCAAUAGGAACCCAAGGAAAUUCAUCCCACCAGAUAGAGACAAAAUCUGACUGUACAGAAAAAAAAACACACACACACACACACACUGAUUAACACCAUGUCUUUCUUUCCCUCUUCUUCUUCAAAUCCUACUACAACAAAAAUCAACCUCAGAAAAACCACACUCCCAAGUGGCCUACAUUAAUUUCCACGUGUUCUCUUGCAUGACCACUAAACGCAGCAAAAAAACCCAACAUUUAAUUGAAUUGCAUUUUCCAUUACAGUUGAUCCUCUCCACUCAAAAUUAUAAUAAAAAUCAAUACUUCCCCACUUGGUUUCCAGAAGAACAGAGGCAGAAAAAAAAAGAAGCAGAAAUCUGCUGCCCUGCCCAGAAGGAGGGAUUAGGGAAAGGUACUUUGAUUGUUUGAUUUCAAGCUCACUCAUUGUUCAAUCUUAACCUGAGCUUCUCAACUCUGUACAUUUUGUAGAAAAAUUUAGCCUUUUUUUUUUGGUUUCCAGAAGCCAAAAAUUUGAAGAAUGGCUUCUUUGGUUUCUUCUCCAUUUACAAUUCCCAACUCAAAAGUAGACCAGCUUUCAUCAAUUUCACAAAAGCAUUACUUCCUUCACUCCUUCCUUCCCAAGAAAUCCGGCCAACCCAACUCAAAAUCACCCCUGAAGUUCAAAUGUGCAGCAAUUGGGAAUGGAUUGUUCACACAGACCACCCAAGAGGUCAGGAGAAUUGUGCCUGAUAAGAGUCAAGGCCUUCCUACUGUUAAAAUUGUUUAUGUUGUUUUAGAAGCUCAGUACCAGUCAUCCCUUUCAGCUGCUGUUCAAACCCUGAACAGAAAUGGCCAGUUUGCUUCUUUUGAAGUUGUGGGGUACUUAGUUGAGGAGCUUCGAGAUGUGAAUACUUACAAAACUUUCUGCAAAGACCUUGAGGAUGCUAACAUCUUCAUUGGGUCAUUGAUCUUUGUGGAAGAAUUGGCUUUGAAGGUCAAGUCUGCUGUGGAGAAAGAAAGGGACAGGCUUGAUGCAGUCUUGGUGUUUCCAUCAAUGCCAGAAGUAAUGAGACUCAACAAAUUGGGAUCUUUUAGCAUGUCCCAACUGGGUCAAUCUAAAAGUCCCUUUUUCCAGCUGUUCAAGAAGAAGAAAUCAUCUGCAGGUUUUGCUGAUAGUAUGCUGAAGCUUGUGAGAACUUUGCCCAAGGUCUUGAAGUACUUGCCUAGUGAUAAGGCUCAGGAUGCUAGGCUCUACAUUCUUAGUUUGCAGUUUUGGUUAGGAGGGUCCCCUGAUAAUCUGGUCAAUUUUGUGAAAAUGAUUUCUGGCUCUUAUGUUCCAGCAUUGAAAGGGAUGAAAAUCGACUAUUCCGAUCCUGUUCUGUACUUGGACACUGGAAUUUGGCACCCUAUGGCUCCUUGUAUGUACGAUGAUGUUAAGGAGUAUUUGAAUUGGUAUGCUACCAGGAGGGAUGCCUCUGGCAAGCUUAAGGAUCCAAAUGCUCCAGUCAUUGGGUUGGUUUUGCAGAGGAGUCAUAUUGUUACUGGUGAUGAGAGUCACUAUGUAGCAGUUAUCAUGGAACUGGAAGCAAGAGGCGCCAAAGUGAUUCCGAUUUUCGCUGGCGGACUUGACUUUUCGGGUCCCGUUGAGAAAUACUUCAUUGAUCCGAUCACCAAGAAGCCAUUUGUGAAUUCAGUGGUGUCAUUGACUGGUUUUGCUCUUGUUGGAGGACCUGCAAGACAGGAUCAUCCUAGGGCUGUUGAGGCAUUGAUGAAGCUUGACGUGCCUUACAUUGUUGCAUUGCCUUUGGUGUUCCAAACUACAGAGGAAUGGUUGAACAGCACCCUGGGACUACAUCCCAUUCAGGUGGCUCUUCAGGUUGCUCUUCCGGAAUUAGAUGGAGGCAUGGAGCCAAUAGUAUUCGCUGGCCGGGAUCCUAGAACAGGGAAAUCACAUGCUCUUCACAAGAGAGUGGAGCAGCUGUGUGUCAGAGCAAUCAAAUGGGCACAACUGAUGAAGAAAUCAAAGACAGAAAAGAAGCUAGCCAUCACUGUCUUCAGUUUUCCUCCAGACAAAGGCAAUGUUGGAACUGCUGCAUACCUUAACGUUUUUGCCUCCAUUUAUUCUGUCCUUAAAGACCUUCAAAGAGAUGGUUACAAUGUUGUGGGUCUUCCAGAGACUGCUGAAGGCUUGAUUGAGGAAAUUAUUCAUGACAAGGAGGCCCAAUUCAACAGUCCAAAUCUCAAUAUAGCAUACAAAAUGAAUGUGAGGGAGUACCAGGCUCUAACUCCCUAUGCCACUGCCUUGGAAGAGAACUGGGGAAAGCCACCAGGCAAUCUGAACUCUGAUGGAGAAAACCUUCUGGUUUAUGGAAAGCAAUAUGGAAAUGUCUUCAUUGGAGUUCAGCCAACAUUUGGUUAUGAGGGAGAUCCAAUGAGGCUUUUAUUUUCCAAAUCAGCUAGCCCACACCAUGGUUUUGCAGCUUACUACUCCUUCGUGGAGAAAAUAUUCCAAGCUGAUGCAGUACUUCACUUUGGUACUCAUGGCUCCCUUGAGUUUAUGCCUGGAAAGCAAGUGGGCAUGAGUGAUGUCUGUUACCCUGACAGUCUCAUUGGGAACAUCCCAAAUGUCUACUACUAUGCAGCAAACAACCCAUCUGAAGCCACCAUUGCCAAACGUCGCAGUUAUGCUAAUACCAUCAGUUAUUUGACUCCUCCCGCAGAGAAUGCUGGGCUUUACAAGGGACUGAAGCAGCUGAGUGAACUCAUUUCCUCUUACCAAUCGCUAAAAGAUACGGGCCGUGGUGCCCAAAUUGUUAGCUCUAUUAUCAGCACAGCAAAGCAAUGUAAUCUUGACAAGGAUGUGGAACUUCCUGAUGAAGAAGCAGAAAUACCAGCCAAAGAGCGUGAUCUUGUGGUUGGCAAAGUGUAUUCCAAGAUCAUGGAGAUCGAAUCUCGCCUUUUACCCUGUGGCCUUCAUGUAAUUGGUGAGCCUCCAUCUGCCAUGGAGGCUGUUGCCACACUAGUUAACAUUGCUGCAUUGGAUCGUCCUGAAGAUGACAUUGUCUCGCUUCCAUCCAUAUUAGCUCAGACAGUUGGACGAGAAAUGGAGGAUGUUUACAGAGGAAGUGACAAAGGCAUUUUACGUGAUGUUGAGCUGCUCCGACAAAUAACUGAUGCAUCACGAGGAGCUAUUACUGCAUUUGUCGAACGCACCACUAACAGUAAGGGUCAAGUAGUUGAUGUUGCUGGUAAGCUCAGCUCAAUCCUUGGGUUUGGCAUAAAUGAACCUUGGGUUGAAUAUUUAUCAAAUACCAAGUUUUAUAAUGCUGACAGAGAAAAGCUUAGGGUCCUCUUCCGGUUCUUGGGUGACUGCCUGAAGCUAGUUGUGGCUGAUAAUGAGUUGGGAAGUCUGAAACAGGCUCUGGAAGGUAAAUAUGUUGAACCAGGGCCUGGCGGGGAUCCAAUUAGAAACCCGAAAGUUCUGCCAACUGGGAAGAACAUACAUGCUUUGGACCCACAAGCUAUCCCAACUACUGCAGCCAUGCAAAGUGCAAAGGUUGUAGUGGACAGGUUGAUUGAAAGGCAAAAGGUUGAUAAUGGAGGAAACUAUCCCGAGACUGUUGCACUUGUAUUGUGGGGAACAGAUAACAUUAAGACAUAUGGUGAGUCACUGGCUCAAGUAUUGUGGAUGAUUGGAGUUAGACCUGUUGCUGACACCUUUGGGCGUGUGAAUCGAGUAGAACCAGUCAGCCUUGAAGAGCUUGGAAGGCCAAGAAUUGAUGUGGUAGUCAAUUGUUCUGGAGUGUUCAGAGACCUCUUCAUUAAUCAGAUGAACCUCCUUGACAGGGCGGUGAAGAUGGUUGCUGAACUCGAUGAACCAGUAGAACAAAACUACGUCAGGAAGCAUGCCUUGGAACAAGCAAAGGAACUUGGCAUUGACAUUCGUGAAGCUGCAACACGUAUCUUCUCUAAUGCUUCCGGAUCUUACUCCUCUAACAUAAAUCUUGCUGUGGAGAAUUCUACCUGGAAUGACGAGAAGCAACUUCAAGAUAUGUACUUGAGCCGAAAGUCAUUUGCCUUUGAUUGUGAUGCUCCUGGUGCCGGAAUGACUGAGAAACGUAAAGUCUUCGAAAUGGCUCUCAGUACAGCAGAUGCCACAUUCCAAAAUCUGGACUCUUCUGAAAUUUCACUCACCGACGUCAGCCAUUACUUCGACUCUGAUCCUACCAACCUGGUACAGAACCUCAGGAAGGAUGGAAAGAAGCCCAGUGCAUAUAUUGCUGACACAACCACUGCUAAUGCACAGGUACGUACAUUGUCUGAGACAGUUCGGCUUGAUGCAAGGACAAAGUUACUGAAUCCCAAGUGGUAUGAGGGAAUGCUGUCCAGUGGAUAUGAAGGAGUUCGUGAAAUUGAGAAACGUCUGACAAACACUGUUGGAUGGAGUGCAACUUCAGGCCAAGUAGACAAUUGGGUUUAUGAAGAGGCUAACACAACAUUCAUCCAAGAUCAGGACAUGUUGAACAGGCUGAUGAACACAAAUCCAAAUUCUUUCAGAAAGUUAGUUCAGACAUUCUUGGAAGCCAAUGGGCGUGGAUACUGGGAAACUUCUGAAGAUAAUAUUGAGCGUUUGAGACAGUUGUACUCUGAAGUUGAAGACAAGAUCGAGGGAAUAGAUAGGUAAAUAUUCAAGCAAAGGAAAUAGUUCUUGAUUGCAAAUAACUUUGUUCAUUCUAAGCCCUCUCACUUUGUAUCAGCCAGUGGCUCUCUGACUCUGAAUUAUCCAUGGACCGGAGUAGUCUGUAUCCGAAAAUUUUUCAUCAUUCCCACCCUGUGAUUCCAGUUUUAUGAAGGGAUUUUGUAAUAACGGUAUUGUAAUUGAUGAGAUACUGGUCUCUACUAAAUGCAAUUCUUAACCAUUACCAUUGUCCAUUGUUCCUCC